AUGUUCGGUAAAGGGAUUACAUGUAUAUUUGCCAUUGACUUUGGGGUUAAGAUGAAUCAAAAUUACAAAGCUUCAAACUUCAUAGCGCUUGCAUUGGCAGGAUUCUUUUGCAUUGCUAAUGUUUUAUUUUUGGUCACCACCCAACCUCUUUAUAUUUUGAAGGUGGUUGGAAUUAGCCAGGAUGGAAAGAUUGGCAAAAUAAUUGGUUCACUUGGAGUAGCUGAUGAACUAACUGCCAUUAUAGCUGCACCGCUCUUGGGAACUCUCAAUGACAAAAUCACUAGCUCAGCAUACCAUGUCGCCGGCUCGAGGAUAAUUGUUCUUGCUAGUUUCUUAUGCAUCAGUCUUAGUUUCAUAGGCUACAGCCAAAAUAGUAGUAUCAUCGGAAUGUUCAUUUUUAGACUCUUUUUUGCCCUUGGAGUAUCGGGAUGUAUGAAUAUGCUUCCAGUGAUGCUUCAUCUGUUGUCUUUCUCAGACUUCAGAUUCCAAAAACUUUUAUUUUGGAGAGAGCAGGACACUCAAUCAGAGAACGACAGAAGCGUCAACAGUGGAAAAUACUCCGCAUGCGUUGGGGCAUUUACAGGGUUGGGGGCUCUUUAUGGAGUCUACUUCUUCCUUCCAAUGCCAGUAAUUAUAGACAAUUUCACGUCACUCAGUUAUAAAGCGAGCUUGCAGCUCUCAUAUUUCAUUAUAGGUAUCUUCUCGAUGUUGACUGGGUUGGUUCUAUUCAAAUUUAUAUAUAAUUCCGUUCUCGGAGGUCAAAGUGAUGAUGAGAGUGCUGAAAUAACUCUAGAGCAUACUUCUUUUAUUCAAUUGUUAAAAAAGGGACUUGUCGUAUCCAAACAGUCUAAGAAAAUACAAAUGGCCCAUGGCUGUGCCUUUGUUGCGAGGUCUUCGACAGUUGCUAAUACGGUAUUUGUUCCCUUAGUUGUGUUUACAUAUUUCCGAAAGAUGGGUCUCUGUGAUUCUGGUACUCCUGUUGAUGGAGCAAUUCAGGAAUGUCAGCAGGCUUACUUUUUUUCAGCAAUGUUAAUUGGAAUAGCACAGCUAAUUGCUCUAUUAUCUUCGCCCUUCUGGGCUUGGCUCAUUGAUCUGACUCUGAGGCCCGUCACUGUGGCUGCAAUUUUUGGCUCUGUUGGAAACUUAGCCUUAUGUCUCUUGGGACUUGGUUCUACUCCUUAUGAUCCUAGAAAUGUUACUUGCUUUUUAGUUGUCUGUCUUCUAGGAUGCUCCCAAUAUGGAUACAUGCUUAACGCAUUAGGUUUGUUGAGUAGCUUCAAAUCUAACCCAAAUAUUGGCAGCAUCAGUGGUCUCAACAGCUUAUGUGGGGGUGUCGGUAUUUUAUGCGUUAGCUUGAUUGGUGGUUUGUGGAGCGACUACUGGAUCAUGGGGCCAUUCUUUGUUCUCGCAAUUUUCAACCUUGCGUUACUUUACGCCAGCACAAAGAAUUACGAAGAUGAUAUGCUAUCACUUCCAGAACAAUCAGACUAG